UUACUAAAAUGCUAUAUUUUACGUCACGCGUGCUAUAGUUUUUGGUUAUCAAGAUAGGAUUUUGGAACGUAACCCUGAUAUUCUUUGGUUAUGUACGGACCUCUCCGUUCGAAACCGUUCUCGGUUCGGGUUUAAUUUUCGACAAUUACUGACGUUAAUGCGCAAUGAUCGAGGCCGACAAAAUGUUGCAUCUAAGAAAGUACAUGGCAUUUCUUAGAGUCGGUGCGAAAUCGCGUAUUGCUCGCUUGCAGAUGCAUUCGUCGUUACGCGAAUCGGCCAAUCUUCAACCGCAUAAAGGUUAUGUUUCUCGCUACGUGCGUUACAACUCAGUGCAAACGCAUUUACGACCCGAAACUUAUACCACGAGAUGUAUUAGAACGUUCAGCUCAACGGUUCCGCAAUCGUCGAUAGAUGACAUCGAUCAUAAAGUGAUGUCAUUGUGCGACGAUAUCAAACAAGGACGAGUGUCGGCCGAGAGUAUGAAGGAAAUUAUCAGGUUAUGUCACGAGUGUAAAUAUCACUUACCGCACAGUGCCGGACUUUUGUUGCUCAGGUCUUGCGGCAAUCAGUUAUCCGAUCUAAAACCAACUGACAGACAAUAUUUGGUGGAUCAGAUCUGGCAAUUGGCGAAGAACAACAAUGAGGAAUUGACACUGGAUCAUUACAAUACUUUACUGGAUGUUUAUGCUGAGAAUUCUACUUUUGUAGAUCCCAAAAAAUUUUUGGAUACCAUAACUGUGGAACCGAAUGAAUGUACUUAUCAUUUGCUUCUCAAUGUAGCUGCCAAAACAGGCAAUAUGAACCAUCUGCAAGAUAUUAUGUCUAUAAUAAAAGAGAAAAAUAUAACUCUUGAUGAGGAGACAUUCAAUAAGUUAGUGCAGACGUAUGCUAUCAGUGGUAAAAUUGCCGAAGCUGAGUAUAUAAUAACACUCAUGCGAGAUAUGGAACUGUCCUUAGAUAAAGCACACACUGAAUUGGCAUGUGGAUAUGCAAAACUUGGUGAUGUUCCAAAACUAGUCAAGAUACUGAACGACGAGUCGCAGAGCAAUGCAAAUCUUCUGAGGAUAUUAAAGAUUUUAAGUACGUCCGACAAUGAUAGACAUAUUCCUGUAGUUCUGAAUUAUCUAAUGGCUUCAUUACCUGAAAUAGAGUCUGAGAUCUCCAAAUUAAUAGUAGAACUGAUACGACUCAAUCGAGCUGCGGAUGCUCAUGCUAUUAUAAAUUGUAUUGCAAUGAACGAUGCGACAAAAGAUACUGUAAACAAUUUUGUGAGUAAUUUUUUGAAUGAAUUAAUCAUUGCAAGUGCUCCAAUCGAUGACAUCGCAAGAUAUGCAAAUGAUUUUGUAGAAUCUGGACGUGAACCGUAUGCGUUGACCAACGCAGCAGAGAUUGGUUUGAAGUUGGGCAGAAUAAAUCUGUGUCUCACUAUAUUCCAAACAAUGAGAAAUAGAAAUAUGGAGAUACGUCCACAUUAUUAUUGGCCCUUACUGACCAUAGCGCAAAAAGAAGGAGAGGCGAAGGUAUACGCGCUCGUUAAAAGCAUGCAUGAAGAAGGCGUAGAGUUAGACUUCGACACGAUGUGCGACUAUGUAUAUCCGUUUGUAAACACCGCGGAUCCAUUUAUUACUCUACAAAGACUUUAUUCAUAUGAUAUACCUGGUUCUAUCACAGUUAUACCUUUUGUGGCCUUCCUACUGUUGCGCAAGCGCAUGCAAGAAGCUCUGUUAGUGUGCAAACAAAUUAAAAUCAAAUUGUAUUACAGAGAACUGAUGAAGCCUUUAGUGAGUGCUUACUUCGCUACGAGAGACACCAAAAAUUGCGUAGCAAUAUUGAUGAUAUCUCCACAAGGUAAAGAAUUUAUCACUGUCUUCUUGCAAAUGCUGUUAAAAAACGAGGAUUCGGCGUUCUUUGUGGAAGAUAUGGAAUGUAUUUUGAAAGAAUUUAUAUCUCAAAAUGCAAAAAUAUCGAACCGAGAUGCGACUAUUCUCAAAAAUAUAUUGUUGAACAGAUAUGUUGAUGUUGCGCGAGAAACAGAUCUACUUAAGCUGAUAGAUAAUAUGGUGGACAACAAUAUGGAGAGCUCAGCAUUUACCUUCAUGCUUCAGCAUAAAUACAUGACCACAAAGGAACUAUACUAUCAUUUGAUCGAGCUAAAUAGCGACGGACUCAAUACCAGAACCAUUCUGCGUAAGUUGAUGGAAGCGUAUCUCUACGAGCGUAAUAUGAAGAAAUUUGAGGAAAUCAAACGUGAAUUCGACGAACGUCAGUAUAAUUGGACGCCCGGUCUGAAGACACUUUUAUUCGAGUGGUAUAUAAGAUGUAACAAGCUCAAAGAAGCUGAAACAACGUUGUCCGAUUUAUUGACUAGUGAUAUCCUUAUAGAUAACACUAAAAUUCUCUUAUUUGCCACUGCGUUGAUACAGGAGGGCAAUUUUAAUACAGCCUAUGAAACGAUUAAAGAUACCAACAAUAUCGUAAUUAAAAAUAAUUCGCCAAAAUAUUGUAAAAAACUUUUGGAUGCACUGGCGUGCAGUCAAUAUCAUUUUCACACAAAAGAUAUGUUGACCAUGCUUGUGGAAAAGAAACAUUGCGAUUUUACUAAUGAAAUGUUGAGGCCGCUGGUAGCAUUGCCAUUGGGACGUAACGAUCUCUCAGAUGCUAUAAAUGUCUUUAUGACAUGCUAUAAUGAGUACAAAAAAACACCGUUAGCGUUGGAGAUACUAACAGAAUUGUUAAAACAAAAAGACAAUAUGAGUAAAAAACACGUAAAAACAAUAUAUGACGCAGUAGUUAAUGUUCAAGGACUCGGUUCGGCGAACAUGUCCGUAGCAAUAGCAUUAGCGAUAUUGAACAAAACGCAGGAACUGCAAACUGUACUACAGAAUUCUAAUCAGCCAUUCGACAUGAAGACUGUCAGACAGUACUUCGCUUACACGCAAAGGAAAGACGAAAUGAAUGCACUUUUGACAAUUGUUAAACUGGCUCCAAACAAUCACAUUUUGAAUCUCAUUGAGAUAUGUGAGCUCAUUCUUUCCUUUUAUAGUAAAACAGGAAGGGUGAACGACGCACUGGAACUCUGGAAAAUAAUGUGUGCGAGAAAUAUCGAACCUAGCAAACAGUUCAGAGUCAACUUUAGUCAGUUUCUGCUAUAUAAUAAAGUUUCACUCCCUCAAGAGUUUCAACAGGAUAACAAUAAAGUGAAUGUUAGUAAUGUUGAUAACCUUAGUCAAUAAAACAAAAUAUAUGCAAUAUAU